AUGGAUCCGAGCCCCGACUUUGUGCUCGUCUUCUCGCUCGACCCGCACUACAACUCGCCCGUGCGCGGCCUGCCCCAGGACAAGGGCGUCAAGGCCAAGCGGGCAGAGCAGCUCCGCAGCGAGCACUCGGCGCUCGUCACUCGCCUCAAGACGGCCGGGUUCGCCGUCCAGGGCCGCAAAGGUGCCCACAGCACCAACUCGCUCCUCCUCUUUGUCAAGGCCGACGAGCACCGCGUGCGCCAGGAGGCGACGAGGGAGAGGAUGAGCGACUGGCUCCACGGCCUCGCGAGCCCCAAGCCGUCGCCGAGGGAGCCGAGGGACUUUGCGGCCGAGCCCAUCGAGGAGAGCGAGCGUCUGCGCCUCGUCUACUCGAUCCUCACUAGCUCGAUGCCGGCUGGCGAGGCCGCCUCGAUCCGUUCGUCCGCCUCGACUGGCCCCGUGUGCGGCCUCCCGCUCGUCACCCAGCUCCCGCCGAGCCCGGCCAAUAAGGUCGAGUUCCCGCACCUCGUCGACAUGUACCCGCCGCACAACCCGGUCCAGAACCGCCUGUGGCUCAAGCGCUGGUCCAACCUCCCGACCAACUCGCCGUCGACGACCGGCAGCCGCAACCCGCUCGACAUGCUCACGAUCCCGCAACACGAGCUCGACGACCUCAAGGCCGUCCUCGGCGAGCGCGUCGCCAUGUACUUUGCCUUCCUGUCGUUCUACUUCCGGUCCCUCCUGUUCCCCUCGGUCCUCGGCCUGUCGUUCUGGGUCCUCGGCCUCCCGUUCCACCCUCUCCUCGCCGUCGGCUUCGUCGGGUGGUCCAUCGUCUUCAUCGAGUCGUGGCGCCUGCGCGAGCGCGCCAUCUCGGUCCAGUGGGGCACGCACGGCCUCGACCGCGUCGAGCAGGCGCGUCCCGGGUUCAAGGGCGAGGGCAAGACGGUCGACCCGGUCACGGGCGUCGAGAAGGAGCUGUGGAGCUUCCGCCGCACCCUGACGAGGGCCCUCGCCGGCGUGCCGGCCUACAUGGCGUUCGUCGGCAUCCUCGGCGCCGCCAUCUCGGCCAUCUACGUCGUCGAGACGCUCCUCGGCGAGGUUUACGACGGCCCGGGCAAGAAGUUCCUCACCCUCAUCCCGACCGUCCUCUUCGUCACGCUCGUCCCGCAAGUGACGACCGUGUGGGGCUUUGUCGCCGACAAGCUCACCAACUUUGAGAACCACCCUCGCCAACGCGACCACGAGGCCAGCUUGACCGUCAAGACGUUCGCGCUGCAGUUCGUCGCCGCGUACGGCAACUUGCUCCUCACCAGCUACGUCUACAUCCCGUUCGGCUCGUUCCUCGUGCCGCACAUCCUCGGUCGCCUCCCGUCUCGUCACGCCGCCGCCCUCAGCAAGUCGACCUCGUCGUCGCUCCAGUCGGGCUCGUUCAGCGUCAACGCGUCCAAGCUCCACACGCAGCUCGUCGCCUACUCGUUGACGGCCCAGGUCACGGGCGCCUUUAUCGAGAUCGGCGUCCCGUUCCUCAAGGCCAAGCUCGUGCCCAAGGUGCAGGAGAAGCUCCACCACGCGCCGGCCGUCAGCGAGAAGGACAAGAACGAGUCGAUCGAGGAGCACGAGGACGAGAAGGAGUUCCUCAAGCGCGUCCGCGAGGAGCAGCUCUUGCCGACCGCUGUCAUCUUUGGCGAGUACGCCGAGAUGGCCCAGCAGUUCGGGUACCUCGUCCUGUUCGGCGUCGUCUGGCCCGUCGCUCCCAUCUGGAGCCUGAUCAACAACUUUUUCGAGAUCCGCUCGGACGCGUUCAAGAUCACGAGCCAGAUGCGCCGGCCCAUCCCGUCUCGCGAGGCAAGUAUCGGCCCCUGGCUCGAGGUCCUUGGCCUCAUCUCGUACAUCUCGGCCAUCACGGCGUCGUCGCUCGUCUACCUUUACCAACCUCGCGCGACCGUUCCCGGCUCGGCAGCGCACUACCUGUCGAACCUCACGCACCACAACGUGUCGCUCCCCGCCGACGGCUCGGUCCCGUUCUACACGACCCGCCUCGCGACGGCCCAGUCGGCGUCGCUCCCGCCGGCCUCGGACGCUCCCCUCCUCAUGGGCGCCCUCCCUCCCGCGCACGGCUCGUUCGUCGCCCUCGACGCCAUCAAGUCGACGCUACUCACGGCUGCCGUCGUCGCCCUCGCGUCGUCGCACGCCUACCUCGUCCUGCGCGCCCUCACGAGGUGGCUCCUCACGCGCCUCGCGUGGGACGGCAGCGUCGCGUCCGACCUCGUGCGCCGCCGCGAGUUUGAGCUCAAGCGCGCGUGGAUGGACGAGCACGGUAUGCGCCUCACGCCGAACGAGAUGGCGCGUCGCGCGCUCGGCUGGGCCGAGGAGGACGCCGACGAGGAGAACAAGCGCGAGGGCGAGGGGUACAAGGUCGAGGCGGUCGGCGACCCGGCCGAUGCGGCGGCCAACGUCGAGGGCCUGCCCGAGUUCUGGAAGCGCAACGAGAACGGCGAGGGCCUCGUCGGCGCCGUCGGCAAGACCGAGUAGCCUUCCUCCCCUUUUCCCCUCUGUGCCUUUCCUCUCUCAUAGUCUCUCUCCUUCCCUCGUACAUGCAUUGCCCCUUU